GUGAAAAGGAGUCACUGCUAUUUAACCCUGUCUUUUGGCUGUCACACACACAGCACUCAACACUGUCUCGAAACAUUGGCUGUCAUGAAGACCAUUUGGUUUUGGAUUGCUUUCGCGCUCUCGAUCUCUGAUGUCUUCUCUGAAAUCAAGGAAAUCAAACUCAGAGUCUUCCCAGCAAACACCAUUGCUGGGGUGUUCCAGGUUAGUUAUCUGAAUGAGCUCAACCAGCCUGAGUAUGCCUUUAAUACCACGGACGCCCGUGACCUCUGCUUAUCUCUCGGAGUCAACAUCGCCACUAAAGACCAAGUCAUGGCUGCCCUCAAUAGGGGUUUGGAAACAUGCAGGUUCGGAUGGAUCGAUGAGCAUUUUGUAGUCAUCCCCCGUGUCAAGGCACUUUCUAAUUGUGGACAAAACCAGACCGGCUUGGUCAAAUGGAGAGCUGCUGUUACCCGAAAAUUUGAUGUGUUUUGUUUUAAUGAAUCAGCAUCACAACUAGAGGCAGAAAAUUGGAUUUUGGAGUCCGCUAAAAACCCCACACUCCCCCCCUUCCUCAAUAUUUUCAACUUUUCCUUGCCCUCUGACCUCUCACUGCUGGACAGCUUGGAUGGGGUAGAGCUUGCCCGUGUAGUCGGAGGUGAACAAAGCUCUGGGAAAGGUAAAGUGGUGCUCAUCACGUCAGCGUGCGCCAUCCUGCUUCUUGCAAUUGCCGUCUUUGCGUACUUCAAAAUCAGAAAGAGGAACGUUCAUAGAGCUGAUGUGAAUCAGAAGAGGGACUACAUCGAGGCCAAAGAGUGGACAAGUGUGAAGAUAGCAGAAAAAGACGAUAAGAGAUAAGUUGGUGACAUUGCAAGUUGAACGGAUAAAGUAACAAUAUCUGGACUGCAACAUAAUGUGAUUUUGCCCCCAUGUAUAUUUGUUUUUCUUAAUUCAUCUUGUCUAUUGAAUUCAUGUGAAGUGAUUCUCGGAUUGUAUUGCUUAGAUACUUCAAGUACAUGCAAGAAGUGACAGUUUAAGGACAAAUUAGACGUUGUGUAUUUGUGUAAUCCCAUUUGUUUAAAUCUUGCUCAGCAAGUUCCUUUUUGUGCCUUGUGCAAACAGUAAAGGACAAAUCUCUUGUUUGAAAUCAAGUGCAAAUGUUUAUAGCGUCACAAUGACUUUGUGUGAAGAUGGAUUGUGUGCACUUCACACACACACACACACACACUGACCAGUCAUACUGCUUGUUUAAACCUGUAAGCCAAGAGAUUUAAAUUAAUGUUAUUUUUCUCACGCUGCUGCAUCUCCUUUGAAGUGUUCUGACAUCUCUCAGAAAACUAUUAUUUUUUUCUUCUUGUCAACUUGACAUCAGUGAAGUAUGACCGCAUAUUUCUUUGAUUGCAUUUCAACUACGGGCACUUAAUAAAAAAUGCACAUGA